AAAAACUCCAAAAUAUAAACCUUUGCACCGAAAAGUUGUCAUCACCCUCAAAACACAGACAACCAAAAAAACCUUCCUCUGAUCAAAUUACGAAAAUGAACAUCUUCAGGUUUACAGGUGACAUGUUUCAUUUAGUCAGCAUAUUACUACUCCUUCUCAAAAUCUAUGCCACCAAAUCAUGUUCAGGGAUCUCAUUGAAGACACAGGAGCUAUACGCUGUCGUUUUUAUAGCCCGUUACUUGAAUCUAUUUACAAUUGUUAUAUCUGUUUAUAAUUCUGUAAUGAAGGUGGUGUUUAUAGCUACUUCUUUAGCUAUUGUUUAUUACAUGCGUUGGCAUCCGGCUGUCAAGCGUUCCUACGAUCGCGAUCUGGAUUCCUUUAAGUAUCAGUUUUUGGUCUUGUUUGCUUUCAUUUUGGCUUUGUUUGUUCAUGACAAGUUUACCGUUCUCGAGAUAUUUUGGGCUUUCUCUAUAUAUUUGGAAGCUGUUGCUAUUCUCCCUCAGCUGGUUCUGCUGCAACGAAGUGGAAAUGUCGACAACUUGACUGUCCAAUAUGUUUUCUUUCUAGGGGCCUAUCGUGCAUUGUACAUUCUCAACUGGAUUUAUCGCUAUUUCACAGACGCCCAUUUUAAUGGAUGGAUAUCCUGCAUAUCUGGCAUACUACAGACGGCUCUAUAUGCUGAUUUCUUCUACUAUUAUUUCAUAAGUUGGAAAACCAAUUCUAAGCUUAAGUUGCCAGCAUGAGCCAAACUACGAUGUAAUGAAAAAAGCUGAAAUUCAAUACAUGACUUACAUUGGCGUUUUUAUGUGGUGGAUUCAUCCAGUGAAGAUUAUCUUUUAAUUUGAGAUGCACUGCGGCUCGUCACUAUGCUGUUAUAUUUGGAUCUGAACGAACGAAUAUGCAGAUUAGUCUUACUAGGUUUUGGCUAAGCUUUUAUAUAACAUGUUUUUUUUUUAAUGGCUUUUAUAUAACAUGUAAAUGUGGUUUAAUUUGGGUUUUGGAACUCAUUCUAACUUCUUUUUAA